CUGACAUCUAUUUUUUAGGUAACCUUUCAUAAGAUACUUCAGGAAUCCCCGUAAUAGUCAAAAUUAUCUGUUUCAAUGAAUAUUUUAGUGUACCUACUAUUAUUCGUUGGGGUUCAUGGCACAGAUUUGGAGCUGUCUCCACAAAUGGAUGAUCCUGGAGGAGUCUUUGAUGGGAGGAACGCCCAACCAGGUGAAGCCCCGUAUAUGGUGUCCAUUCAGCUGAGCUACCGGGAGUCUGGUCAUUUUUGUGGAGGUUGCCUCAUCACUGCUUCCUAUAUUUUAACUGCUGCACAUUGCUUCAAAUAUAUGAAUCGGCAUGUAUUGAAACACUUGAUAGUUGUAAUUCACGACUUAGACAGCACCUACCGCUCUGGAUCGAAAAACCGUCAAAUUGGAAAAAGUAACGGUGUCUAUUUACACAGCAAAUACAACGGAAGUGAAUAUGAUAUAGCCAUAUUGAAGUUACGAAAGCCGUUCAGAUUGGACAGUCUUACGAAAACUGUACAAAUAGCAAACCAUAGUUUUCCAAAUGGGCAACCGUGUUUGGUAAUUGGUUGGGGAAGGCGUGUCAAUAAUGAUCAUCACUCAACUAUAUUACAAAUUGCUACAGUCAGAAUAGAUCGGGAGUUGACUUGCAUAGAACGGAAUCCGAAAACCGAAAUAUGUGCUGGUAAUUUGGAAGGAGGCGCAGAUAUAUGCGUUGGUGACUCUGGUGGACCACUCAUAUGCGAAAACCAACUAGUAGGGAUAGUAUCCCGAGGCAUACAGCCAUGCGCACAACCGCUAAUUGGGACGGUUUUCACGAAUGUUACAGCAUAUCGAGGCUGGAUCGACACUAGCCUGAAAAUGUUGGAGGAAAUCUCCUCUAGAAAUCUAAGAAACGUUAAUUCCUUUGUGAUGGAUGGCGCCUGUAUGCUAUACACAAAUGUUUUAUUUGCCCUGUAUUACUAUCAGUUAUGCAGAUUAUAUGGAGUAGUUCAUUGAAAUUUGAAAAGAAUAUAGCGGAAAUAGUAAAAUUUUGAACUUGAA